AUGGCAGAGGCGCGGCCGGGGCCACCGACGGGGCUGCAGCUGAGCGCGCUGCCAGACCCGUCGCCGCUGCUGCAGCCCAGCCUGGCCGAGCUGCGGCGCCGGCUGCGGGCGCUGGGCCCGGUGCCCACGCCGCCGCCGCCCACCGACCCCUUCCUGCUGCGCUUCCUGCGCGCCCGGGACUUCGACCUGGACCAAGCCUGGCGGUUACUAAAAAACUAUUACAAGUGGAGAGCAGAAUGUCCUGAAAUAAGCGCAGAUCUCCACCCCAGAAGUAUUCUUGGCCUUCUGAGGGCUGGCUACAUUGGAGUCCUGAGAGACAGAGACCCCACCGGCAGCAAAGUUCUCAUUUACAGAAUCGCCUACUGGGACCCAAAAGUGUUUACAGCUUAUGAUGUAUUCCGUGUAAGUCUAAUCACCUCCGAGCUUCUUGUACAGGAUGUGGAGACCCAGCGGAAUGGAAUCAAGGCUGUCUUUGAUCUGGAAGGCUGGCAUUUUUCUCAUGCUUUUCAAAUCACACCAUCUGUAGCCAAGAAGAUCGCUGCUGUCCUUACAGAUUCCUUUCCAUUGAAAGUUCGUGGUAUCCAUUUGAUAAACGAGCCAAUAAUUUUUCAUGCUGUCUUUUCCAUGAUUAAACCAUUCCUGACUGAAAAAAUUAAGGAACGGAUUCAUAUGCAUGGGACCGAUUUCAAACAAAGUUUACUUCAGCAUUUCCCAGACAUUCUUCCUCUGGAAUACGGUGGUGAAGAAUUCUCCGUAGAGGAUGUUUGUCAAGAGUGGACAGAUUUUAUAAUGAAGUCUGAAAAUUAUCUUAGCAGUAUUUCACAGACCAUUCAAUGA